UUCAAAUGUAUUAAACUAAUUGACUCUUUAUGUAACUUAGCUUUUAGAAUGACUGCUUUUUACCAUCUAGUACUUCAUUUUGUAACGGUAAUGAAACACUCCUUUGUAGCCAUCCAUGUUUAUUCAAAUGUGCUUGAACUCAAAAGGCUCAUUACAUUAAAGAAAGUCUUGAAAUAACAAUUUGUAAAUCUGAGGAAAUUAGAAGGGGGAAAAUUUUAUUUAUAAUUUAACUACACAGUCACCUGCUUCAUUCCUUUAAGCAUUGAAAUUAAAAGCUUGAAAAUUACCAAGAUUUGUCCUGGAUUUCAAGAAAGACAAAAACAUGGUUAAUCACACUGAUACCUCUGAGGCCAUUUUGUUUACUAAAUACAUCAAUCAGGUUGUGAUGUUCCACUGAGCGACAGUGAAUGCCAGCUAUUUUAGUUCUCCUUGUUAGUGGGUCCUUCAUACACUGAAUGCUGAUUGGCUGGUAAUAUUGGUCUAUGCCAUGGGUAUGACAAGAAAAUAUAGAUUUAGCUUUUCGACUAAAAAUAAUAUUGUGACAACAUCUAACUCAAAUUCUUGUAAUGCAAUGCUUUUUGAUUACUUACAUAAAUCAGCUUACAGAGAGACAGCCAUACUAGCACAGAAGUAAACAACCAGUGACAACAACCAGACUGUUUGCCUGCCGACAUGGUUGCUUUACUCACCAGCGGCCACAACAGCCAGGGGUGCUUUAAAGGACGUGACAUUUGGGGUCCUGAAAAGACAGUGUCCGUAUUACCUGUACCCUCCAUCUGGGAUAGGAAACGUUAUAGAACAGCCAGGUAAAUUAUUGUACUAAUAUUCUACAAUACUGCGACAUGGGUGUCAUUCUGCCAUGUUGCUAUUUCAGAAGGUAGUCCUUCCAACUUUCCUCUGUCAGUAAAUCAUAAAAUACCCCAAAAUAGGUAUUUAGAAACACAUAAUUGUGGUGUGGUAUAUGGCAAAUAUACCACGGCUAUAACACCUGAUGAUACAUGCCUCAGUGACUGGGUACAGCGCUUAGCUGUGCUAUAUUGGCAAUAUAUCACAAACCCCCCUAGAUACCUUAUUGCUCUUAUGAACCGGUUACUGAUGCAAUUAGAGCAGUAAAAAGUGAUGCGGUCUCAUACCCGUGUCACAUGGUCUCACAUACCAUGGCUAUCGGCCAAUUAGCAUUCAGGAUUCAAACAAACUGGUUUAUAAAUAUAAAUACAUUAAUGUGUUUAUGACUCCUAGAACUGAUUUUGCUCUUGGCUAACAUUGUUUUACUUCAUUAUCGGCCUAUUGCCUUAAGGGGUUGUAAAAAGGGCACUGGCCUUUUUUCUCUUGCCUGGCUGAUCUAUCAUCAGCAACAUCUGUAUUUGCCUUAAACCCUUCCUUUCUUCUAGCUGAUACGCAUGUUGUUGAUGCAAACACUAAUCAGGUGGUUUCCUUCCACAUAUAGUAUGUUAAGGGUGGAAACAGACAAACCUGCCUAAUAAGAAACAGUUGUUUCUUAUUAGUACCUUCUGGUACCUCAAAAUGGGCGGGGGGUUAAUGUACAAAACGACCUAUAACUUCUGAAUGGUUCAACAGGUUCAUGAAAAUACCCUUAGAUUCAUUGUCAUUUUAUCACUAUAAAUCCAAAGCGCUGGAAUGCAGACCCCCAAAAAAAGUGUCACUGUCCAAAAUGUUUUAGGAUUCUCUGUCUGUGCAUAUCGUCUGUAAGCCUUUUAUCUCAGUAAAAUCCCACCCCCUGUGCAGUGCUACUAGUAAAGACCAACCAUUAACUGCUGUACGUGUUUUUAAGGCAAGGCUGGACCUCUGCCGUUUCAUUGGAUAAGGUGGAUGCCUUCCAACCAUUUCUGUCUCAAGACAUUGGCUGUUUUGCCCCUCUGCAAUAUUUUUUAUAUUGCUGUAAUGCAGCUCACCUGCUUUACUGAAAAUACUGAAUCAAAUUAAAUUGUUGCAUGCUUCUAUAUCAGCAGGCCUCAUAAUAAAUGACAAAUAUAAAGAAAUUGAUACAAUAUAGUAACACAGAGUAUACACCAGAAUUAUGAAUGAAAAAAUAAAUUUAUCCAAACAAUUCACAGAGGAAUUUCAACCUUCAUGUGGAUUGGGAGGUUCUAGCCCCUCCUUUUCCUGUGGCCUAAGGUCAGCUCCUUUGCCUUGCUAAGGCCGAGGGAGAGAUGGUUGUCCUGGUACCACACUGACAGUUCUCCGACGCCUUCACUUCAUGAUGUCUCAUCAUCUUCGGUGAUCAGACUUACUACUGCUUUUGUCAUCAGCAAACUUGGUUUUGUAUUGCCGAUGCCGUAGCUCAUCCUCACAUAAUUUUAGGGUGGGGCGCCAGAAGGAGAGUACGUCCUCCAGCUGUGUGCAAGGACACGGUCCUGAGUGGGAAAACAGCCUUGCUGGUGUUUCAAGCAUCUUGAGCGACUUGGAACAGGUUCAUCAAGCGACAGGAGUACCCGACAAACUCUGGGAUAAGUGUCUUUAUCUAUUAUCUAUAUAACACUGAUUUGUUGUUAUCUGAAUUAUACCUUGAAAAGUUAGCGCGGGACGAAUUUAAAAAAGUUGCCAAUUCUUCCAUAACUGAGAAACUCAAGUCGGACGACACAAGGGGAGAAUGAUUCUUCAAAGAGACCAGCUCCCUCUCCAAUAAGAUAAUGGAGUCUCACAUCUGUGGAGGACGGUGGCGAUGGAAGUUCCGUCAUGCUCUGUGGGUUGCUCUCUUCUGGAUGUCCUUGCAAAGACUAGCAGUGUUGAGCUGUAGUAACUCCAACUGCGUUGUGGUGCUCACGGACUCCCAGGGUGCCUUUACCUCCCCCUGCUACUCUCAAGAUUACCCGAAAAGUCAGGCCUGCAAGUGGACUCUGCAGGCCCCAACUGGAUUCAUUGUCCAGAUAACCUUUCUGGACUUUGAGCUGGAGGAGGCCCUGGGGUGCAUCUAUGACCGUGUUGUGGUCAACACCGGAAACCAAACUGUGCCAUUUUGUGGCUUGACGGCCAACGGACUGAUGCUAAACUCCACCAGCAAUGUAAUGGAGGUAUCAUUUAACUCAGACUUUAGUGUCCAAAAGAGGGGAUUCAAUAUCAGUUACAGGCAAGUUGCUGUGGCGCUGAGAAACCAGAAGGUCACGUUGACGAACGAUGCAAGCAAAGUGGUCCAAGUUUCAAGUUUGGUGACAAUACCAACCCUUCAGGAGUUCACUGUGUGCUUUGAAAUAGCCCGGGCCACCCUGAAGAACAAGGAGACUAUCUUCUCUUACACCCAGCAAGUGAACAACGGUAAUGGAAACAAUAUUCACACUGGCAACAGUGGUAAUGUAGCCCUCAGUUUUGGAAAGAACCAGGAUGGAAUGGCGCUAGUCACAAGUACCGAGACAUGUCUGGUAGACUCUAUCCUCAACGCCACAGACAUCACUUCUACCAUGAAGCCAUUCUGUCUCACGUGGAACUCCAGCACAGGCAAGGUGACCGUCUACUAUAACAGCAACUACAGGGACAAGAUCUGCUCCAACAUGAUUGGUCACUCCCCAGUGGGUGCUGGGGGGCUCUUCAGGCUGGGCGACCAGGACAGCUUUGAUGGCACCAUCUAUAACUUCCGCCUGUGGGAUUAUGCCAUGAGCAUGACGCAGCUGGCCAGCCUCCCCUGUGACACCGUCGGCAAUGUCAUCGAUUGGGACAACAGCUUCUGGGAUAUCCCUGCUUCUCUGGCGCAGACUGACAGUACACUAAGCUGCAUCUGUUUCCCAAAUUGCAUACACUUAACAACAGCUGCUCCAUCUAGUGGCACCUCUGGACCCGUGUUUCCCUCCAUAACCACCAGCUGUGCCUGGCCUGGAAUGGGCUGCCCAGAGGUUCUUUUCUACAGGAUCUCCUUUGUUGUCAGUGUCAAGGGGACACAACUAACAGAGUCAGAUGUUGAGAAAACUGUUUCACAGUGGCUCAAUCAAACAUUCCAAAACUGGACACAUGUGGUUUAUGUCAAUAAUGUCAGUAUACAUCCUUACAGUGGCUCACUGGUGAAGAGGAGUGUCAGUAAAAAAUACACCUGUCAGGCCCUGUUGGUCUACAGGACCACCACAAACGUGACUCUGGGAGAAGCCGCCAUCUCAACGAGGAUGAAGGGAAGUGUCAGUAGCAUCGGCAGCGGACUACAGCUGGACUUGUUCUCUGCGCAGUCUGUUGAAAACUGCCCAGUGGACUCUUCCCUCCAUUACAGCUGGCCUGAAACCAGACCAGCAGCCACCUACUACAUCCCCUGUUUCCCCAACAAAGACCAGAAUGCGUCCAGAACAUGUGUAAUCAGCUAUGUGAACUACACAGCGUUUUGGGGCUCCCCAGUCCUCAAUAAUUGCACUGAUAUUGAUUCCAUUGAAGUUUCAGCAGAGAAUGCUGCUGAAGUUGCCGUCCAGCUCGCUGACAUCACCAACAAUGAGCUUUCCACAGACGAGGUGUCCAUGGUGGUGGGUAAAGUUCAGGAGCUGGUCACCGUGGCCAAGAUCAACUCGACUCUGGCCACCACCGUAGUGAGCAUCAUCUCGAACGUGAUGGCCAGCUCCGUGACGGCUCUGGCUGUAGCCUCGGAGAGGACAUUGAAGACGGUGGAUGAGCUGAUUCAAAAGAUAGAGUUUGAUGGUCCUUCAGUGAGCAUCACCUCUAAAAACCUUGCUCUUGGCAUCUCAGCUUUCAACUCCAGCGAGUUCAGCGGGACCUCCUUCAGUGCAUUCCUACACCCUAACACCACAGACCUUCAGAUUGACUUUAAGUCAGAUCAGCUGAACCCACUGGCUCAGGUCACACUGCCUGCUACUCUGCUAAAAAACCUGACCCUGACUGAGGCUGAGAUCACUGCACUCUCCAGGAUCAACUUCAUGUUCUUCAGCAAGACAGGACUAUUCCAGGAUAAACAGGAUGGGCUGUCUCUUAACAGCUACGUUGUUGCCAGCAGUGUGGGCAAUUACUCCAUCAGUAACCUGGAGGAUCCGGUGGAGAUUGAGAUAGCCCAUCUUAACUACCUGCCCAAGCCAAAACCAACCUGUAUGUUCUGGGAUUUUACCAUGAAAAACGGUGCAGGUGGCUGGAACAGUAAGGGCUGCAGGGUGAGUCCCACGUCCAAUGGAAACAAGACCAUCUGCCUCUGUGACCACCUCACACACUUUGGCAUCCUAAUGGAUAUCUCUGGAUCAGCUGCACAGAUUGAUGCAAAAAACAACCAGAUUCUCACCUUUAUAACCUACAUUGGAUGUGGCAUAUCAGCCAUCUUCUCUGCUGCCACACUUCUGACUUAUAUUGCUUUUGAGAAGUUGCGUCGUGACUACCCGUCUAAGAUCCUGAUGAAUCUGAGCACGUCACUGCUCUUCCUCAACAUGGUGUUCCUGUUGGAUGGCUGGCUGGCCUCCUUUGACGUGGAGGGCCUUUGUGUGGCUGUGGCCAUCUUCCUCCACUUCUUUCUGCUCACAUCCUUCACCUGGAUGGGCCUCGAGUCCAUUCACAUGUACAUUGCACUUGUCAAAGUCUUCAACACCUACAUUCGGAGGUACAUCCUCAAGUUCUGCAUCGUUGGCUGGGGACUUCCUGCUGCAAUAGUUGCCAUAGUGGCAGCGAGUGACAAAACCUCCUAUGGGACAAUGGAGUAUGGAAAGGGGGAGACCGGACAAGGCUCCUCAGCAUUCUGCUGGAUCCAGAGCAAGGUGGUGUUCUAUGUGACGUGCGUGGGCUACUUCUCCGUCAUCUUCCUUGUGAACGUGGCCAUGUUCAUCGUGGUCAUGAUCCAGAUCUGUGGUCGCAACGGGAAACGCAGUAACCGCACUCUGAGGGAUGAGGUCCUGAGAAACCUGAGGAGCGUCGUCAGUCUCACCUUCCUCUUGGGGAUGACGUGGGGCUUUGCCUUCUUCGCCUGGGGACCAGUCAACCUGGCCUUCAUGUACCUCUUCACCAUCUUCAACUCACUGCAAGGUUUAUUUAUCUUCAUAUUCCACUGUGCGCUGAAGGAAAAUGUCCAGAAACAGUGGAGGAGAUACUUGUGUUGUGGCAGAUUCCGCCUGGCAGACAACUCAGACUGGAGCAAGACAGCCACUAACAACACCAAAAAGGUUAGCUCAGACACCGUGGGGAAGUCUCUCUCCUCCAGUUCCUUUGGCUCCAGUACAGCAAACUGGACUUCCAAGGCAAAAGCAACUCUAAACCCAUUUGCUAAGAGGAAAAGUAAUGCAGGUAAACGCUACUCCAACCAGACCAAUCCUAAAAGUGGCUCCUCUGAAGGUGAGGCCUCCUCCUCCAUAAUCCCUGUGCACCAGGUCAUUGACAAGGUCAAAGGUUACUGCUCUGUGCGCUCUGACAAUUUCUACAAGAACAUCAUCAUGUCAGACAGCUUCAGCCACAGCACCAAGUUCUAGAGCAAUGAGCUGUUCCUCUUUCUGCUGCUGCUAUCCCCUAACCGGUUAAGAUCUCCCCAGGAGUGUGGCCUUCCAGAGGAGCCAGGCAGUAGCUAGUGCUAUGAAUGUGUGUACACUGUACUAUACUUAGUCCAGUCAGUACUGUAGGGGAUAUUGGAAAAAGUAUAGUUGUGUAUAAAGGGAAACGGAGAAGCAGAGAAUUUACAUACUGUGAUGAUAAUCUUCAACUGGCUAUGUGUAAAUAUUGAUGUUUUAUCUAAUAUGCCCCCUAUAAUUGCUUCUCAGUUGGUUUUGCACAUGCCUUGGGUUUUCUUUGGGGGUCGCCUUUCCUGUGCAGAAAUAUCAACACUCUUGACAGUUCUGCAGUCUAAAGAAUGCCUCUAUGGGGCAGCGGGGAAGGCGCAAAGACACAAAAUCUGGACCAAAUAUUCAGGAAUAGGCCUGAAAUUGAAACCCAAAGAAUGCCAAAUGCAAGGGACCUUUUUAAAAGCUGUAGCAUUGUCAGUAUGUGUUAAAAAGGGAACAGGUUAAAAAGUGUAGUUAUUAUUAGUCUAUUUGUGAAUUGUGUGUGUGUGUGUGUGUGUGUGUGUUUUGCGCUGGAAAACAAUAUUAUGUUCCUUUAAGUGCCUUAAAUGGGGAAGUUUUGCAUUAAGUGCCUACUUUGUCUUGGUUAGUCUACCAACAUCAUCAACAAUAUUUUUACAUGUAUAUUUUUAAGCCUUCAGAUGCUCUACUACUGAAUAACACAUGCAGAAAGGCAUUUGUCCAUCUACUACUACUUAAUUUUGGUCACUUUUAAGAACAACCUCUGUGGGUGAUGUGUGUCACAGGUCAUUUCUUUGACUUCUAUGGAUAUAGGUCGCCAAACUCCGGCUUUUAAGUCUGGCUUUGGUCAGAAAGACCAAUGCUAUAGCUUGAUUUAAAUUUAAAGGCAUUCAUGUUAUAUGCUGUGUGUUGGUUUAAAAAUAAUCAUAUUUUCUAUAAGAUCAGUAUGGAACUAGUUUCAUAAACGUUCCACAUUUGAACAUUACGCAAUACAGCAACACACAGUACGGAAUGAAAGGGAACAACAAACACCUGCAUUAUCUUUUCAUCAAGUACAUUUUAAAAGGAAAAUGUUUAAAAGGAAAGCUUUUUCAUCUGCUCUAUGGUGUUGCUUUUGUUCUGUUACAGGGAUAUUUUUUGCAUGUUAGACUUGAGAUAAAUUUUUGUGCAAACAUUCUAAAUGUUUUUCGAUCAAAGCUCCAUUCCUGAGCCUAGUUGGCUUAAAUGAGACAUACUAGUGUUAUUUGAAUGACAACAAAUGCACUGUACUGUGUUCAGAACUCUACAGCCAUGUCAUGUAUGUAUGGCCUAUGCACGCCUGCCAAUAUAAAAACCUUUUUUCACUAUUACAGGCACUCGUGUGUAACUUGAAUUGUAUGACGCAAAUUGUAAAAAAAGAGAAGUGUCGUUAAAAAAAACAAGGAGAAAACAGGAAGUAUACACAUAUACAUUAUACACCAUUAUGUUUGUAAUAGUGGAGAUAGCCUAGGGUAUUGUCAUGAUACAUAAGAUGGUUGUAGUUCCUUUAAGGACUUUUUAAAACACAUUGCUGUGUGUCCUUUGGUGUCCAUCCACAAUCAUUGAGCAUAGCUCAAGUAAGAGCUACUAUGCCAGCUGAAGUAGAUUAAGAAUUGAACUUUGACUGACAAACACUGUCUGGAUGAUGUCACAACACUGAAACUAAGUGGGAAAAUGAGGUCUAACAGGCAAAAGAACGGAAUAUCCCUUUAACAUGGUAGUUGUCUUGUCCUGAAUAGAUUGCAUAAUGUUACGUUGCUCUGUAAGCUAUUUUUGUGUUUGUGAAAUGAUAGAACAAUCUUGUUGUCCUACCCUAUCUUUAUAUUUAUUUCCAUAGAGCUCUUUGCGUUGGUUGUUCUUGAAUUCUCAACGCCAGUUGAUCAGGACUAGAUAGAUAUCAGGACUCGCCAGGUCCAGACUGGAUAGAUAUAGAUGUAGAGAGACACCGUAUUGCGGAGGUAAAAACAUUUAGGAUUUUGGCAGCAUCAGUCUUGACCUGGGCAGUUAAACAAGGCCAAAUGUGUUUUGGAAACUAGGCCUUCUAGGUUAUAAUUAGAGAUUCAGAUUCUGCGGAGGGAAUCCGGAAUUUAUUUGUGUGUAAAUGUUUCUAUUACUGUAAUCAUUCAUCCAGGAAACAGAGCUAGGAAAGUGCUAUGGUUAGAUCCUAACCAACAUUGUACCUAUGUAUAACUCUGAUAUAUAUGUCUGGUCUUGUGUGUAUUCUGAAAAAAAUGUCAGACCCCUUAUUUGUUUUUCCACAACAUUUGUCAGUAAUAUAUUUUUAAGCUGUCUCUGUAGGUCUCAACACUAUUGACUAAAUCUUUCUCAAAUAAAGGGAAUUAAAAAGACUAAAAUGUAACUCGUAUUUUACCAAGUUGAUUAAUUAAGAACACAUUCUCAAUGACAGCAAUGGCCUGUGGAAUGGGGGAGAUGAAUUAGCCAAUCAGAACUAGGUUAUGUUUCCCAGUUCGGGAAUUUUGUCAGGACAUCAGGGUUAACACUCCCAUUAUUAUUAUUAUAAGUGCUGUUGGAUAUUUGUGAUGACCAUAUUGUCAGGAAAUCCCAUCUCAAAGAUGACCGCUUACACAAGCCCAUGUCCCCAAUCACAGCGCAGGGAUAUUUUUAGACCAGAAUAAACAAUGACCCAAACUGGCCGCUCAAAACCAUUUCCAUCCAGGAACAAUCCUGCUUAGCUUCUGAGGCAAGACAUCAGUGAAAUACAGGGUGGUUUGCUGCUGCCUCGCUAAUUCUGUUAACCCUAAUAUUUAUCAUGGCAUGUCCUACUGUAUGUACCAAGUUAUUUUAUGAGUAAUCUUUUUAUUUUUUUUAUUUUUAAUUAAAUUAAAGAUCAGUUUCUACACCAGAUAAUUUUCUCCAUCACUGCACUGGGGAUCUAUUUAGACCAGAGAAAAUAAUGACUCAAACCAGCUCUCCAACACCAACUUCAACAGCAUGGUCUCCCAUCCAAUGUGAACCUAGGUUAUCUUCGGAACAAAGCUAGCCCUAAGAUGCAGGGUGGUUUGCAGAAUUAAACAGGGUGGUUUAAUUCUGUUAACCCUAUAUUUGUCAUGGCCUGUCCUACUGUAUGCACCACAUUUAGUAUUUCCUUUACCAUCUUACUUUAACAUUUCUGCACAAUUGGUAACUUUUCACAUUGAGGUUUAUUCAGAAGAUCUUAUUAUGUAUCUCACAAGCUCAGAUACCUCAGUCAUAU